CUUGGAAAGCUGCGACUUUGUUGGGGUUUAUGAAUUGAAUCAAACAACUUUUGGGGUUUUGAUUCAUUCAUUUCAAUUUGAUUCAAUGGCGGUUUCGCCAUCAAAGAAAUCGCUAGAGUUGAAAAACUUGUUCUCAACCUACUCCAGCAAUCUCUGGAACCGACUUGUCAGUUUCUUACCCUCUUAUCGCUUGGAUUUUCUCGGGAAAAUUUACAAUCUCUAUCACCAAACAACUCGCUCCAGAUCACGCCGACGCAAGCCUUCUCUCCCUCUGCCAUUGCCUUCCAAUUCACUCGAAUCUUUUGUGGAUACAUCUGAAGCUUCUAAAGUUUUUGAUGUUUUGGAAGACAUUUUGGAGCACAUCUUUUUAGAUUUGCAUAACAUUCAGAAGAACUUGCAUUUUUGGCAGUCUAGAGCAGAGGCAUCAAAUGCUCGGAAAGUUUACUUUUUGAUUUUUGAGAGAGGGCCAAGGGCAUUUAUUGAUGGAACAGUUCAGCUGAUACGUGAAUAUGUUGUUGAGGGUUCUGGCAUGCAAAAUCUCUGCCAUUCUGCGUCUGUUCAUAUUUCUGAGAGGAUAACUGUCCUAACUAGCUUAAGAUAUCAUUUGGCUACAUUUUUGGCACAGAUUUAUAUAGAGGUUGACAAAUUUGGGGAGGAAUUAGUAAAGCAUCCUGAGAAGUCAUUGCCCUUAUUAUUGGUCACUAUUAAUGGUUUAUUUUCAAAAUUGGAGGCGUCAAUUGGCCAUUUUCAUACAGUGUGUCAGAGUGACUCUUCUGUUGAUGGGAGCUAUUCAUUCCCUCUAAUGUUUGAGACAUUGCCAGAAGUGAACCAGGAAGGCUCUCAAUGGACAGAUUGUGAGAUUAGAGAUGCUAUCAACUUAAUUUAUGAAAAUCUACACAAGCUGGAUUCUUACUUAAAUGUCAUUGUUACAAAACACCAGAAACCAAGGAAAGUAACUCUGUACUGGAUGCGUUAUACAUGUGGGAUUGUUGGUUUCUCGGUCUGUUCAAUUUGGGUCUUGAAGCAUAGUAGAUUGAUGGGAAGCUCUGACAUUGACAACUGGAUUCGUGAGGCAAAGGACUCGACUAUUAGCUUUUGGAAUGACCAUGUAGAGCAACCGCUUCUAUCUAUAAGAGAUGAACUUUUUGAGACAUUCAGGAAGAGGCACAAAGUUGUAAUGGACCAUGAAGAAGUAUAUUUAACUGCCAAAUCCCUACACAGAAUGUUACUGGCUUUCAGUGAGCAGACAAAAGGUCAAACAUUUCCAGAGAAUGCAUCAGACCAGGAAAUGCUUGAAAUAGUAAUGGAAAGGUAUGAGAAGGAACUUACGCAUCCGAUUCAGAGUCUUGUUGGGGGAGAGCUUGUUCGUGCUUUGCUUAUCCAGAUUCAGAAGCUGAAGUUGGAUAUUGAGACGGCAAUGCUUGAACUAGACCAGAUUCUUAAGGCCAAUGAAAUCAAUUUUGCUAUUCUAGCUGCUUUACCAGCUUUCAUUCUCUCCCUUCUUUUGCUGAUGUUGGUGCGUGCAUGGUUAAAACAGGAUACUAGAGCAGAAGGUAGAGGAAGGAUUGCUAGACUCCAAAGAAGGUUGCUAAUUGUGGAGGUUGAGAAAAGGAUUAUGCAGUUCCAAAUUUGCAUAGAUCAAGGAUUGGAAAAAGAUGCGGAAUGCAUGUUUGGCUUGGUUUUGUAUAGUCUGGAUCGCCUAUACCAUGCUGUGGAGUGGCAUGCGAAGGCAACCGGCGAAUGGCUAUGUUUGAGACAGGAUAUUAUUGAUUUGGGGAAGCCAAGACUACAAACUUCAUAUAAGCUGAUCAUCACGUCACGAAUGGAACGGGUGUAUGAUUGCUUGCUUCCUUCCUCGAAGCACUAGUGGCUCGCCUUUUUCUGUACUUUGUUGGUUUCCCCCCUCUGCUUUUUCUGUUUUUUGAAGCUCCCUAUUUGCUUCUUCAAUGGGUGAGUGAAAAUUUUGUGACUGGUAAUUAUUGACCUCUUUUUAAGGUUUAGGCAAUAGCUGUACCUUUUGUUACAAAAUAAGCUCUUUUUCAAGCAACUCUGCGAGGAAACACUUUUGUUUUUGUUUUUUGCUGCUGACUUAUAUUUUGAGUUUAUGAAACCCCAGGAGGCUGGAGUGUGUUGUUGAGGUCCAUUGAGGCUAAUGUUUAGAUCGUUUAUUAAAAAAAAUUAAAUUGAUUUGACAAUC